AUGGCCGAGCAGGAUGUGCCAGGAGCAGUGACGCUGGCAGGCAGCGCAGGGGGUGUGCGGAGACACGGCUCCCGGCCCUCAGGUGACUCGCUGGAGGUCACCAAGCUGGAGAGGUGCCAGCGGGAUGGGAGCCCAGCCCUGCGACAGCCCCGUCCCUCCAGGUGGCCGUCACUUCUCCAGGACUGGGAACACACUGGCUCUUUUGGGCUGGCGCCCGUUCGCCCCAGCGGCGUGUUCCGGGGCCAGAGGAGUGCCGGGAAUCAGGGAUCAGAGGAACCCAGCAGAGUCCUGCUGAGCUCGGAUCUCCUCACCAUGGACCAGUACCGCAAGACACGCAAUCGUUCCAGCAUUGACGCCACAGCGCUGGCUCCAAGAUCAGAGAACACUGACCACAUGAUCUUCCGGUCCAUCACUGUGGUUGUGGCCCUUUGUGGGUUGGUGGGAAAUGGAAUAGUAAUCUGGUUUGUCCAUCUGUCCGCCAAGAAAAAUGCCUUCUUCAUCAACAGCCUCAAUCUGGCCGUCGAGGAUUUCAUGAACCUUUGUUUCCAGACUGUAUUCUCUGUCUGCCAAAUCCUGAAGCUUUUCCUUCACUAUUCCUUUCACCUGCAUGACACCUUUAUGGUCCUGAGGUUCUUCUUCUACUUCACUGGCCUGGGCAUCAUGACUGCCAUCAGCUUCCAGCGCUGUCUGUCCUCCUUCUUCCCUAUUUGGUAUCGGUGUCAUUGCCUCAAGCACCUGUCAGGCAACGUGAGCGCCCUGCUCUGGAUUCUGAUCUUUUCGGUUAAUAUACUGAGAGGUCAUGCCUGUGGUCAGUUUAUUCAUCCCAAGGACAAAGUUCGGUCCCGCACUUACGACGCCACCACCGUGUGGGUCCUCCUCCCGUUCUCCAUCCUGGGCUUGUCCAGCCUGCUGUUGCUCUUCCGAGUCCAGGCGAGCUCCCAGCAACACUGGCCCAGAAAGCUCUACCUGGUCCUUCUGCUGUCGGUCCUGGGCUUCUUUCUCUUCGGCCUGCCCCUCUGCAUCGUCAGCUGCCUCGUAGCUGACAUGAAACGUCACACUCUCAGCGACGUCUGCAUCCACCUGUCCUGCACCAACAGCACCGCUAACCUUGCUAUUGACUUCUUCAUUGGGGGCCUUCAGAGACAGCGGCUGAGGGAGCCCCUCAAGGUGGUCCUCCAAAGGGCCCUGGGUGAGGAAACAGAGGAUGGUGAGGAUGGGAAGGCGCCCCUGACUGGCAAGGUGGAGACGGUGGACCUCUGAAG